AUGGCUUUUACUGAUGAUAUCGCUACCCAGCUUACGUCAGCGGUCGCGCCCAUUUUACAAGACCCUACGAUGACUCAGCUAUUUGCUCUGAGUGGCCGUCCGGCUUUCAGCACGUUGACUGACGUGCCUACCCUGCUGGAUGCUCCUUUCGACCAUCUCCACAAUCUAUGGGAACCGUCUCCGAAGGAAGGGGCCGCUAUCGUCGUAACGUCCAAGGACAGCCCUUCCUCGCAGUCGGUCAAUGGACCAUCGUACCCAGCAGAGACGCACCAGCCACAACCGCGAUUCCUUGCUUGUCUUCCAUGCAGAGUAAAGAAAGCGAAAUGCGACAACAUCCAGCCCGUGUGCGGCCGAUGCGCCAAAGCCAGUGUAGAAUGCGUCAGGCCGAGCGAGCGACGGCGAAAGCGCACUCGGAAAGAGAUGGAGGAGGCUGAAUGGGAGGAUCCGUCCCUCAAAUGGUCGCGGGGCGCAUAUAAUGACAGGAGCUUCGAGCAAUUACCGAUGCAACAUAGCAAUGUGGUUCAGCAAACACAGUAUGGACCUAUGCCCUUCACAUCGGCGCCUCCGAUGUUCUCUCAGCCCUGCCUUCCGCCAUCGGGGCAGCAGCACGGACAGGACUUCUCGCACCCAUUACUCCCGAAACAUAAACCGGACAUUUAUGGCUCUAUGUCGCCUCCGACCACUCCUCAAGUGCAUCCAGACGCAGGAAAGAUGGUAGAGGCCCUAAGCCGUCCAAUGGCAUACCUCGAAGGCGAUCUUGGAGAGAGCAAAACGCUCAAAGUUUGCUAUUUUCGCUUUUCUGGGUGUACGGCAAUACAUCCAGGAUUCAAUGAGAUUUUCAUCAAGCUCCAUAGCUCGGCAGCGGGGUCACACUCGAACUCGCCGGACCAUCUUUCUCCCGCGGAGCCUAUACUCGAAGACAUGUCCUCUUUAUCCCCAGAUGUCUCACUAAUUAAUACGUUUUUCUACUAUUUCUGGCAGCAUUGGCCUUUCCUUCGGAGAGAAAGAGUAGAGGAACGCAUCAAGAGUGGGACAAUGUCAACGUUCCUGCUGCAUGCAAUGAACGCGUUGGCCGUCCGAUUUGCGCCUCAUCCUACGCGUAAACCAUCCCAGUACAUCGAGGCUGCCUGGGGCCUAGUACCGCCACUUCUACGAUUACCGUCAACCGAUGUCGUGGGCGGCUUGAUAUUGCUCUCAUGGGCUGAGUUCGGCGAGAGCUCUGAGAGUGGUCUCUGGAACUUUUCGGGACUGGCCAUUAGAAUGGCCGUAGAUAUAGGACUUCAUAAGAUCAACAUUGGAUCACCGGAUGACGACGAUGUGUGCGACGAGAAGAUAUUGUUCUGGUGUCUUUUCGUAAUGGAUCGCGUCCUGUCGUUUGGAACUGGUCGCUCCGUAACGAUUAAUGAGAAUAUCAUUGAGAUCCCGCUGCCCACAGAGAGUGAUUUCAUCCCUCAUAGCUCCUCAGCGCCUCCGGUCCUAUCCCCGUUCGUCAGAAUUAUUAGGCUAUUCGCUCUGGCCGGACGGAUAGCUGACGUGAUGAACGGGAGUCGAGGGUGCCCUCGCACAUCCGUAUCAAACCCUGUCGUCCAUAGCCUCGAAAGCUUGCAGGAGUUGCAGGACCAACUGGUCGAGUUCCUUGGAACCUUGCCGCCAGGUCUGAGCUGGUCGGUUGACAAUUUUCGAGCACAAUCUGCUCAACACCAGGGUGGCAGCUUUCUCUUUUUACACCUUUGGGCGAAUGCUGUUCUGGCGCUGAUACAUCACCCCAAUUUGGGACAUAGCCCCAGCGGUCAAGAGACACCCAUCUCGUCCGGUGUUAAGCGGUCCACAAAGAUAUCUUUGGCAUCUUCACGACAGAUCGCCGAAUGUCUUGUUUUUGCGGAUGUACUUGAUGCGCCGUCCUACUGUGCCAACCCGUUCCUUCAUCAAUGCAUUUUUAUUGCUGGCGUCGCAUUCAUACACGAUGCACAGUCGGAAGAUCUAACGGUCGGUGUACACUCCGAGUUUCUUAACGGCUUAGCCAAGCAGAAUUUGUCUGCGCUGUUGAAAGCCUUGAAGAGGAUGGAGGUGUAUUGGAAUGGACUCGCAUAUGUCAUUAGUGUAUUGGAACAGCGGGCCAGCGGCGGUGGACGGUCAAAGGCUGAUUUUUUGAUCACAUCGGAUAAGGCUAAUAAUGUUUUUUCCCUCCCGGAUGCUGGUCUUCUGCGGAGAUUUACUCAUGUGAAGGACUUGUCGUCGCCCAGUAGCAAUAGUCCUCGAGACAACGCCGCUCUCAUUGAUGGUAUCCCACAAGUACAGCCAUUGGCACUACCCGGAUCGACCAGUUACGCCUUCGUUUAUUCUACAUAUUCUAAACGGACUGACCUCUAUGUAGGUUUGUCCUUCGAGUCCCUGCUUUCUUCGUACCAAGUUGAAAAGGUGACCGGUUCGGACACCGAACAUAAUUUCUCUGGUAUUUUUUCCGAGGGCUUUGAAUGGUAGAUCGGUAGAUUAUUUCUUUUUUUGGAGAUUAGACACGGAUUAGAUUCGGAUUUCUGUAUGUAUAUUCGCUUCCUAAUUUCAGGGUAAUCUUCUGUCGAUGAGUACCGUAGAUCUGGGUCGUCUUCCUCUGGUACAUCUGUUCUUCGUCUUGCCUGUUUUCCACCCCCCCAGCUCUGGGGCGCUAUUUCCAUAC